GACAAUGGCUAACAGAAUAACUUGGACGUUUCUUUUCGCACUUGCUGCCUUGCAGUCAUCGUACGGCGAUCCACUAGCAAACAGGCGGCCGUUACUACUUGAACUGGCCGAGGAACUUUUUCAGAUUUUAGCCCAAACCAUGGAAAACUACAAAAAAGUUUUUCAACUGGUCAUCGACGAAGCGGAAGUUAUUUUUCCACCAGGCUCUCAAGGAAGCAUUCUCCCGGGGCUCAAGGAAUUGGUUAGGAGAAUAAAUUCAUUGGAUAUCGAUGAUUUUAUCGAGCUGAAAAAUCUGGGGGAUGCCCUCAAGGAAAUGAAGAAUAUUCUUGAAUUGUCAGAGCCCAAAGAAAUCGAUAUUGCAGCCGAUAAGGUAAUCGUGAAUUUAUAUAUAAAGCAUUUAUAUGUAAAGGUGAUUCUGGAGAAAAAUUUGGAAACUACACUAAAAACAAUCGAGAAGAAGAUGGAAGGCGAUAUGAGCACAUGGUCUGAAAGUCGAAUGGCUAGAAAUUCGGAACUAGUUAAGCUGUUUAAUGAGUUCAAAAACGAGAAGGAUGUCUAUGAGAAGUUGGAGAAAAUAAAACAAACUUUAGUUUGUAUUUUUAUUAGGUUCCAUUCUGAUCGUUGCUUCUAAGCACACAUGUACAUAAGCAGUUCUUACUUUGAUUUCAAAAUAUUAGUCAUGUUUUAAUUCUAAUAAAUUAUAGUGGUAGUAAAAAUAUUUACUUAUCAUUAUUGGUAUGAAUACUGAUGGUAUGAAUAUAUAAUAAUCGGUAAUCGGUAAUUAUACUUGACAGCCGAGCAAUUGUUUCUCUCGAAAAAUAGAUCAAUAUCAGGUUUUAAAUGCGUCUUCUUGGAAUUGCAGUCUACUGAAUUAUUUAUCUUUGAGCCGUUUUGGUUUUUCCUUACAACUUUUUAGAAAAGUAUAAAAGGAAUCCAGAUUAGCGGAGCUAGCUAGUUUCGAGACAAUGGCUAACAGAAUAACUUGGACGUUUCUAUUCGCAUUUGCUGCCUUGCAGUCAUCGUACGCAGCUUCAACAGUAAACAGACGGCAUUUAGUGCUUAAAGUGCUCGACGAACUUUCUCAGAUGUUAACCGCAAACAAGGAAAAGUACAAAAACGUUUUUCAACUGGUCAUCGACGAAGCGGAACUUACUUUACCAACAGAAUCUCAAGGAAGCAUUCUCCCGAAGCUCAAGGAAUUGAUAAGGAGAAUAGAUUCAGUGGAUAACGAUGAUUUUAUCGAGCUGAGAAAUCUGGGGGAUGCCCUCGAGGAAAUUAAGAAAACUCUUGAAUUGUCAGAGAGCAAAGAGUUCGAAUCUGCAGCCGAUAAGGUAAUUGUGAAAUUAUAUAUAAAGCACGGAGUUGACUUAAAGGUGAUUCUGGACAAAAAUUUGGAAACUACACUGAAGGUAAUCGAGAAGAAGAUGGAAAGCGAUAUGGGCACAUGGUCUGAAAGUCGGUUGGCCAGAAAUUCGGAACUAGUUAAGCUGUUUAAUGAGUUCAAAAACGAGAAGGACAUCGAUAAGAAAUCGGAAAAAAUUUAUAAUAUAUUGGACAAAAUAUAUAAUAUAUAAUUUAAUUUUGCUUAGAUAAAGUA